AUGUUCACAGUUGAUUUGUGGUUCGUAAAAUAAGUUUAAUUUGACAUCUACGCCAACAGCGGAAUCGAAGAAAAACACUCUUGUAUUGCAGAUCCUGAAGUUUUUAAGGAACUGUACGAAUAAUAUUAAUUUACUAUGCCUCUUCCACUGAUCAUACCGAACGCAGUUGAGCCGAUGCAGGUCGACGCACAGCCAGAGGAUAACGAGAACAAUGAAGAGGACAUGUAUAUUGUCGAAAAUUCCUCUCUCGAUUUGGAAGUGUAUGCCAAUCAGUAUAUCGGACUGGCCAAAUUGCAUCGGCUGAUUUAUAUUGCAGACCACUGCCCGACACUUCGUUUGGAAGCCCUCAAGAUGGCCAUAAACUAUGUGACAACGACCUACAAUGUAACGUUGUACCAACAUCUACACAAGAAACUAGCCGAUAUAUCCGCUGGGAACACCCUACCAGAUGUAGCCGUUCAAUCGAGUUCUCAGGAUGUCCCAAGCUUUGAUGCGGCGUGGGUGGAGACCAAAAGCAAAAAAUCGGCUCUUAAGUUGGAAAAGCUAGACUGCGAUUUGAAGAACUAUAAAGCAAACUCUAUUAAGGAAAGUAUUCGUCGCGGCCACGAUGACCUUGGCGAUCAUUAUUUAAACUGCGGUGAUUUGUCCAACGCUCUCAAAUGCUACUCUCGGGCCCGGGAUUAUUGCACCAGCGGAAAGCACGUUGUAAAUAUGUGCCUAAAUGUUAUCAAAGUAUCUAUCUAUCUGCAGAAUUGGUCUCACGUUUUGAGUUAUGUUUCAAAGGCCGAAGGAACUACAGAGAUUGCAGAAACGUCCAAGGAGAAAGAUCCCAACCAAGCUGUGGUUACACGCUUGAAAUGCGCAGCUGGUCUAGCUGAAUUAGCAACACGCAAGUACAAAUCUGCCGCCAAACACCUUUUGCAAGCAAAUUUUGAUUUAUGUGAUUUUCCCGAAAUGAUUUCCACUAAUAAUGUGGCAAUGUAUGGUGGACUUUGCGCGUUGGCCACAUUCGAUAGGCAGGAGUUGAAGAAUGUUAUAUCUAGCAGUUCUUUUAAGCUAUUUCUUGAGUUGGAACCUCAACUUCGUGAUAUCAUAUUCAAAUUCUACGAAUCUAAGUACGCCUCUUGUCUUAAACUGUUAGAUGAGAUAAAGGAUAAUCUUCUUUUGGAUAUGUACAUUGCUCCGCAUGUUAAUGCAUUGUAUACACAGAUACGCAAUCGUGCGCUGGUGCAGUACUUUAGUCCGUACAUGUCGGCCGACAUGCGCAAAAUGGCAACUGCCUUCAAUCGGUCGGUGGGGGCACUUGAAAAUGAACUUAUGCAGUUAAUACUUGAUGGUCAGAUUCAGGCUCGAAUCGAUUCGCAUAACAAAAUUCUGUACGCCAAGGAUGCUGACCACAGAAGCGCUACGUUCGAGAAGGCUAUCAUUGUCGGUAAGGAGUUCCAGCGUCGUUCGCGAAUGUUGAUUUUGAGGGCAGCUAUGGUUAGACAUCAUAUUCACGUUAAGAACCAACCUCGCGAGAGCAAUCAUUCAACGGAAAUUCUUCCAGCCACUGGAUCUUCCUCAUCCACUUUGGUGCGCAAUUGAUUAAAUUUGAACGAGGACGAGUUCUUCGCACGAUUCAAGAGAAAAACUAAAUAACAGGAAUGUGAAUGUGGAAAGAGCAGCCCGAAGGCCUUUCCAAUUUAAAAAGCGAAAUUAAAACGAAAUUCACUACAGUAAUUGAUGUUUUACCGAAUAAAAUUUCUGAUACACAGGUUUAGUAGUUAAUUUUUAUCAUGUUAUUGUUUGGUGGAUAUAUUAAACUGAUAUUCCAAAAAUGACAAGCAAGA